AUGUGCAUUAAAGGCGGAAACAGAGAUGAGAAAACAGAUCAUCUAGACGAUGACACUCAACAAGCCCGCGAAGGCUUCGGUGAAUUUUGGAAAACCCCUCAAUUCUUGGAGUAUCCAAAAGUACCCAUUACCGAAUUUAAUUGUUUAUCUACAAUACAAGAUCGUUUCCCUUCGAUUAUCCUCAAUGUAUCAAAAAUAUCUGCUAAAACAGCCCUUUCCCUUAGAGAAAACUCGAUAGAGUAUAUUUUGAACAGUCUCGAAGUAACUAAUGUAGAUGCCAUUAUUCUAAUGACGGGCCUUAUGUACAGUGUUGAAGCUCUCGGUGCUCGCGAACGCACGAAUCUCUUUCGGCUAUCGAAGAAUCGUGCAAAUGAAAGUGCUUGGAGUUUUAGUGAAACAGCGUCUUACCCUAUCGUGACUAGU